AUGGAUGACGACGCGGUCAUCUCUCCCCUCCCUUCCCUGUACUUGGCUCCCAUCAUUCCCAACCCUGUGGGGUAUGCCCCUUCCCCGGAUUCUCCAGCCAUCGACCUGUACGAGGUCAACUCGCGACGUGCUGCACCGGAGAUGAUGACUCUGGAGUGCCAAGCAAUUUGGGAGGCCGAAUUGGCCCGGUCUCCCACUCCACCUCCUGCUGCCAACGAGGUGAUCAACACGAUCCUAUUGGCUCCUCAGCCUGAGACCCCAGUAUAUCGACUGGUGGUCCAACCUUUGAUGCCACCGCCCCGCUGGGUGGCUCGUCGAACUCCUCCUCCUCCUCCUCUGGAUCGCCACCUUCCCAGCAAUGGUGAAAUUGCUGGGUGGUCAGAACAAUUUGUCACGGCCGAGCUCUUGACUUGGGUCACUGACCAUUACUACCCUCCAGACUGGGAUGUACCAGUUGGUUCCUUACCAGCUAAAUGUCUUCACCAUUUAGUCAUGCUUUGCCUCACAGAGGGUUGCAUGCCAUGGCCCAGUUGGCAGUGUCGAUGCUGCUUCAACUUAGGCAUUCUCUGCUUUGUGUCUGCAUUUACCAACCCGUUUGGUGAACAUACCCGAAUCCCUCAUGCCUGUGUGCACUGUUACUUAGCCAGGUUGGGUCACUGCAAGCGCAGCAUCCCAGCUCACCCCGGCAUGGAUUACACCAGUGAUGGGACUCCAAGUUUGCAACCUCGUGGGUCUCAUCAGGUAGAACGUGCACACUUAACCAUAGCGGAUGGAUAUGGUCCUGGAUUGGUUCAGUCAGACGAACGAACCACCGACCCAGUGAUGACCCACGGCUGGGUGGCUGCAAUGCAGCUCCAGCUAUACAUUGAGCGUCAUGACUGUCUGUACUCAGAGUGUCAGCCUCAUGAGUCUGUCACAGAGUCUGGUGGUCCUCCAGACCUCCUUCACGAGUGGGUUGCCCCUACUGAGGAGGAACUGGUGAUCCAUUCGUCACUUGCUCCUCCUCCUCCUCCCUCUUCCUAUGUUGACAUGUAG